AUGCAGCGGAUUAUUAACUCGCUUUGGGGGAAAUCUUCGCCAGUAAAGGUAAGCUUAGCUGGUUCGAAUCUUUAUGUUUUCUCAUUCAUGAACGCUUCUGUUAGGGAGUGGGUGCUUGAGAAUGGACCUUGGCAUGUCCAGAAUAAACCUCUGGUGCUAAGGAAAUGGGAACCUUAUAUGCAGAAACUUGAUUUUGAUCUCUAUGUUAUGCCUGUUUGGUUCCAUCUUUAUAACGUCCUGUUGGAAUUAUACUCUAGGAAAGGUCUCAGUUACAUUUCCAGUGCUUUAGGGAAUCCACUGUAUAUGGAUUCCAUUACUGCUUCUAGGGAGAGACUGGAAUAUGCGAAGGUGUGUGUGGAGAUCAAUGCGGGGUCCGAGAUUCCUGAAGAGGUAAAUGUUGCCCUUAAGAAUGGAUCAUUGGCUACUAUAAAGGUCUUUGUUUCGUGGUUACCAAAAUCUUGCUCCUGUUGUAGAACUUUUGGGCACUUGGCAAAUAGGUGUGUUGUGUCUCAGAAGGUGAAGCACGAGGUUAAAGUUUGGAGGGAAAAGGGCAUCAGCUCUUCCGAGCUCUGUGAUAAGGGAAAGAUGGAUUCAAUUGUUAUUCAGAGUUUCUCUCCUGUGCUUUCCGAUUUGCCUUUGGGCUCCUCAAGUAAUGUUAGCUCUGCUCUUGGUGCUGGCGUUUCAAACCAUGAGUUGUUGGUUGGUAAUGCUGUGGAAACCAAUGUUUCAGCCUUACAAGAGUUGCCUACUAUUUCUCACCUUGUAGUUGUUGAUGGCAGUAUUGGGGUGGAUGAUUCUAAUAAGGUAGAGUCUGCUUCUGUAGUGUGCAAGGAGGAUCCAAAGAUUGCAUAUGAGGGAGAAUGA